GGCGUCCUACAUUGCUAGCUGUAACGUAGAUCCCCUGUCUUGCUCUCCAGGUGCCGCGGGUCCUGUACGUUCUGUGCGCGGCCGGCGUCCUGCUGUAUCAGCUGAUGGACGCCCUGGAUGGACACCAGGCGAGGAAGGUCCAGGACACGCCGCUAGAGGACGCUUUUGACCAUGGCGCUGACUCCGUCUCUCUCGUUUAUUUGACGAUGGCGACGUGCUGCGCUCUUCAGCUGGGAACCAACCCGUUCUGCAUGCUGGUCUUUUGUAUGACCGCCUCGGCCGUUUUCUAUGUACUUCACUGGAAACUGUACGCCACUGGGGUCUUCAAGUACCUCUGGCCCUUCGCUGAGACAGAGGCGCAGCUGGCCGCCUGCCUGGUGUUUGUGACGUCAGCAGCCAUAGGUCCGGCCGUUUGGAACACGGAGGUCCCUGUGUUUGGCGGGAAGAUCAAAGUGCUCCUGGUCUGCGCCUGCGCGGCCGGAGGCGCGGUAACGUGUGCGCAGGGAGGGCGGGAAAUCCUCCUGAGAGGACGUCACCACGCAUGGCAGACAGUGCAGGCCACGGAUGUCGCAGCCCCUUUGGCCAUCCUGUCUGCCAUUACAGCCACCGCCGUUCUCGUUCCCAGCCUGGACACUGCACUGUUCCUGCACCAACCUUGUGUUUUCGUUCUCGUCCUCGGGACAGCCAUGGCCAAGGGCAACGCGCGGAUCAUCGGCGCCUACGACACCUUUAGCGAUGCCCCGUACCUGGACUCUUGUCUCCUUAUCCUCGGAACCAUCCUCGUCAUUUCCGGUCUAAACGGCGUCACUUCCGGUCUGCACGACAGGACCGCUCUGUGGGACAGCCGCCUGCUGGUUGCUUCAUUGGUGAUGUGCACAGCUGACCUGGUGUUUGUGAUGUGCACAGCUGACCUGGUGUUUGUAAGUUUGUUUGUGAUGUGCACAGCUGACCUGGUGUUUGUAAGUUUGUUUAUUUGUUUGUUUGUUGCAGGUGAUGUGCACAGUUGACCUGGUGUUUGUAAGUUUGUUUGUAAGU